UGUCCUCCGGACACAAUACUGGGAAGGGCAACACUGUUUUCAGUGCAUUCAUUUCUGUUUUGUUUUGUGAACACCCCCCCCCCCAACCCAUGUGACGACAUGAGGGUAGCGUCGUCCUGAUGCGGGGGGGUUCCAUCAUGGCGUCGAUGCAGAAAAGGCUACAAAAGGAACUAAUGGCUUUGCAAAAUGAUCCGCCCCCUGGAAUGACGCUCAAUGAGAAAAGUGUCCAGAACACCAUCACACAGUGGAUUGUAGAUAUGGAAGGAGCCACGGGCACGCUCUACGAAGGAGAGAAAUUUCAGCUGCUUUUCAAAUUCAGUAGUCGGUAUCCUUUCGAUUCACCUCAGGUAAUGUUCACGGGAGAGAAUAUACCUGUACAUCCUCACGUUUAUAGCAACGGUCACAUCUGUCUAUCCAUACUAACAGAAGACUGGUCGCCAGCCCUCUCAGUGCAAUCAGUCUGUCUCAGCAUUAUCAGCAUGUUGUCCAGCUGCAAAGAAAAGAGACGGCCACCCGAUAACUCCUUUUACGUAAGAACAUGUAACAAAAACCCAAAGAAAACAAAAUGGUGGUAUCACGAUGAUACGUGCUAAUAAACGUUGUAAUAGUUCCAGAAGAAAGAAGGCCUACUGAACCGCAUAAAGCACUUUUGAAUCAUACGACAGUCACUGAACUCUGACCUUUUUUGACUGGAACAAUGGACACCAUGAUGCGCUGGAGACUGUUUGAACUGCAUUUCCCAGAGGGCAGUUGGGUGCAUGUUUUUAGCCGGUUGUAAUAUACAAAUAAAAUAAAUAAAUAAAUUAAGAAUCGUUACGUGUACCAACAAUGGAUUGUUUUUGCAGAAAGAAAAGGUCACUAUGCAGCCAGCGAGAAAAAUGGUUUUGUAGUGAGAUUAUUAUUGUUAUCGUUUUAAGAUGAUUCUUGUUUCCUUUUGUUUGGGUACAUUUAAAAGGUUGUCACACAACGGUGGUUGGGCCCUAACGACGGUGGUUGGGCCCUAACGACGGUGGUUGGGCCCUAACAAAGAUAUCUGGAAGGGAUUUCAGCAUCCUAACCCCCAGAAAAUACUUCAGCUUUUUUUUUUUUUUGGUCUGAUAUUCAAUGCACUGUGACGAUAUAUGUAGAGCUACAACAGCUCAAUUUUAUUAUUCCAAAGGCUCAACUUCUACUGUAAAACCACAAACAACACCACUUCUCUGUAACUGAUAGAAGGGGGUUUUCAAGUUGUUUUACAUUUCACUGUUUAAUCAAGAGUAGUUCUCUUCCUCUCCGCCUUCCAGUUGUCUGGUCUAUUUUGACUAUAGCAGCGUUUCCCAAACUCGGUCCUGGGGCCCCCCAGUUGUCUGGUCUAUUUUGACUAUAGCAGCGUUUCCCAAACUCGGUCCUGGGACCCCCCAGUUGUCUGGUCUAUUUUGACUAUAGCAGCGUUUCCCAAACUCGGUCCUGGGGCCCCCCAGUUGUCUGGUCUAUUUUGACUAUAGCAGCGUUUCCCAAACUCGGUCCUGGGGCCCCCCAGUUGUCUGGUCUAUUUUGACUAUAGCAGCGUUUCCCAAACUCGGUCCUGGGGCCCCCCAGUUGUCUGGUCUAUUUUGACUAUAGCAGCGUUUCCCAAACUCGGUCCUGGGGCCCCCCAGUUGUCUGGUCUAUUUUGACUAUAGCAGCGUUUCCCAAACUCGGUCCUGGGGCCCCCCAGUGCACGUUUAGAUAUUUUUGCACUGACACUUCCACAGAUGAUGCUUGGAUCAUUUGAACCCGCUGUGUAGUGUUGGGGGCAAACGCCCAAAAUGUUGGGGUCCUGAGGACCGAGUUUGGGAAACGCUGGACUAGAGUAUUGGUACUGACCAGGUUGAUGAUGGUUGGAUCAUUUGAACCCGCUGUGUAGUGUUAGGGGCAAACGCCCAAAAUGUUGGGGUCCUGAGGACCGAGUUUGGGAAACGCUGGACUAGAGUAUUGGUACUGACCAGGUUGAUGAUGGUUGGAUCAUUUGAACCCGCUGUGUAGUGUUGGGGGCAAACGCCCAAAAUGUUGGGGUCCUGAGGACCGAGUUUGGGAAACGCUGGACUAGAGUAUUGGUACUGACCAGGUUGAUGAUGGUUAUAACUCUUUAGGCUGCGUUUACACAGGCAAACCAAUUCUGAUUUAUUUUAUUUUUUUUGCCACUAAUUGGUCUUUUGACCAAUCGGAUCGGAUAUUUUGCCCAUAAUUGGACUGCCUGUGUAAACGCAGCCUUUAUGGACCUCUUCACAAUAAUAUGGUCUGAAGUCAUGUACUGGUGUUCGCAGGUCCAUUCUGUGAACGAAUGUCUGUGUUGUCGUCCAUUUUUAUUUGUUUGAUUUAGUAUUUGUCUUGAUGAGAUUUAGUUGCUUUUAUCAACAACAACAAAAAUAUAUUUUACCAUGUUUUGUCUUGUUUUUUUGUUUUGUUUUUCAGCUAGCUGACACUUUUUUUUUAAAGGGGAAGGAUGAUUUAUUUAUCUAAUGUCUUGUUUAAUUUAAAAUCUAGUGGUAGUAACAGUGAAAUGAAUUUGACUGUUAAGACGAGGCUGGAUUGAUUCCCUGGUCACAGAUUGACUCUGGUGUUUUUUUUUGUCAAUACGAGAAGACGAGCAGAAAAAAAUCCUGUGAGAUAUUUUGAAAUGAACUAUAUUUUCACCAAAAGGGACUUGUUAUGUUGUGAUCCAUAACAUGUCUGAAACGAUUGUUACUGUUGUUGUUGUUACUAUAUACAUAUAUACAUACACACACUUUCUUUAGAAAUCGUGGAGAUGAAUGAGAUGACGUAAGGAAUGGAUGAAUUUUCCUCAUGUUGUAGCUGUGUGACUAUUUAAUAGGAGCGUUUUUAUUAUUUUCCCCUUGCGUGUUUCUGCUAACUAGUACGCCGCCGUCGGUUAGAUUCCAGUCAAUUCAGAAAGUAAACCAAAAUUUGAAGAAGGAAAAAAAAAAAAAAAUCCUCAUUGAACAGCAUUGAGUGGAAUUGAAAUUAGAAUGAGUCAUUUCGGUGUUCUUCCUGAAUUGAACCCUUAUCCCCUGGAUGUAGUUUCUCA